AUGAGGGAUGCCCGUGAGGAUGAAGCCAUGGAUCUGGACCCGGAGGAAGAUGACCCUAUUGUUUGCGAGUUUGACGUAUUCGUAAACAACACGGUGCUUCAAGACCUGUUGGGUCGUAUUGCUGAGCCAGCGAAUACCAUUUCCGUGGCAAGCGAGUUGUGCAGCAAGCCAUUCGGCGAUUUGUUUUUACUGCAGUAUCCGCUGGAGUUGUCAACGUCAGAUUGUCCCGACGCUUCCAAGGAGGUAGACAUACAAAAUCGCAUCGCGUUAAGUUCCAACGCAACGGAUAUGCUGCCGCUGUCCACAUUGUCUAUCGGUAAGGAGUCAAAGCGCGAGGUGGUCGAUGAGCGUACAUACGGUGUGGCCUCCAUUAUCAAGAAAAGCAAACGAAGCAGUUGCCCAUACCUUAAGUUCGUUUAUGAUUUGGGCACAAAGUAUCCGGUGAAUGUAACGUCGCUAUCAGCCAAGAAGAGUUCUCGUGUUUCAAGCCCCUUUCUUCGAUACGAGCCCUCGGAUUUGACUAACACCAUCCACCUUUUCGACCUCGCAAAACCGGUUGCCGCCGACAAGAAGAAGACAUUGAAACUAAGGUCUGAAAUUGUGACUGGCGAUCACGUCUGUGACUGCCUUGGCGUGCUCGUGGUGGAAGAGACCGAUAGUGGUUUAGUACGGUCACUACAUAUUGUGCCGGUUCGCGGAGUAAUACAACUGCGGCCAAAGGUGAAACCUUACAUGAGCGAGAUCGUGAAUUUCGACGAUACUUUGAACAGCUUAUUUCAGAAUCGAAAUCUGCAGUGGCGUGAUGUGGGCAAGAUAAGCGAAAUGGAUUCAGAAGAAUCUCGUGAAAUCGUGCAGAUGUUAACACAGAGGUGCCGGACACUGCAGCAACUAGCACGAAGGCCCAUGUACUUCCAUGAAGACCCGUCGAUGUACAUAAAUGCAGUCUGUUUUGCUCAGGAGUACGGCAAGUACCAGGAUGAAUGGCACCGCAGCCUGGAGUCUGAUGUGGAUGGCUACCAACACUCGACAAAUCCCGCAUUCAGCACAGACACCAGCCAGGUGGCAUAUCGUUCAAUGCAUGAAAACACGCCCAAUGUCCGUUUCAUGGGCACAUUGGAGGUGCGGACGCAGCUAAAGUUGCUGCUCACCCAGAGGUACAUAGACUCUUUUUACGCUCUUAAGAAGGACAUUAUUGUGGGCCCAGAUGUCAACGAUGAUCAACUGAUUGUAAUGCUGCAGGAGUUUGCAACAAACAUUGACGGCAACUGGAUUUUGUCGUCGGAGCAUGCGAUACCCAAUUAUACAACGGAGGAUGAUUUCGACGAUGAAGACCGCGCGUAUCUGAUUGUUUGCCGCGAUGUUAUAUUGGGCCUGUUUUAUCGUGACGUCGUGAUGAGAGAUUUGUUGCAGAAGGGUGCCUACGGCCACGUGACCAUUGAGGCCGUGCACAGUCUCACUGGUCUCCCAGUGCGCAUGGUCCACGAGAUGAUAUCUCAAGUGGCAAUGCAACACGGGAAGCUUUGGACACUGAAGCUGAAACGUGACAGCGAGUUUUACAACAAGUACGGUGCUCUGAUGAAAACAUACCAAGUCAACUGGAGCAAUCGAUUGCUCGAGAGUAUGAAGCACGUGAAAACGUUACGGGAGACUCAGAGCUCGAAGGUAUCGCAGAUCAUUUACCGGUACAUCCUGAAAGGCGCGAUAACGAGCGCCUUGAAGAACCGCGUGUACUCUGCGGAGCAAAUUUCGCAGGAGUUGACGGCUCAAGGAUACUCCAUAGAUUCGGCACCCGUGUUUGAGAGUUUGUUGAAGCAAGUGGCCAUGCCAUUUUUGCGCGGUGACAGGAAGAUGUGGGUGCUAAAGAAAAGCCACGUAUCGCUGAACUCGCUGAAAAUGGUACUUUCAGGCCAAAACCACCCUGGCACCCGUAGACUAACGGUUGACGAGGUACGCCGAACGUUGCAGGACUCAGCCCUUCCCGGCUUCUUGAAGAGGCGUAUAUCUAUGAUGCCCUCAUCAUAA